AUGAAAGAAGGUUUUGCAUACACAGUGGACCUCGCUAGGCGCUUGGAAUUCCCAGACCUUAGGGAUGUUCCUCUACAUCGAUAUGAGGAUCUGCUCAACGCAACUCCAUUCGUAUUCCGUGUCCACGACGAACUUGCGCAUGUGAAACAUACCCUUUCCAAUGACUUCAUAGCUCGCGAGUAUGUUGGGGAGUCGUCCAGAAGCAUAGUCGAUAACCGACUGAACCGGGAGCUUCCCUUGAAUUUUGAUGCGUUCAAAGUUCAAUAUGCUAUAAAAGCGCAUAUCCGCAACUUCUUUAAGGUUCAAAACCCAUAUACGAACUGUCCGUGGAUUUCAACAACCCCACUAUGGACGUGGGCAAUUGGGGAAGCAAUCAAACGAAGCUCGACAUUGAAAGAUGUCAGAGUGACAGUUAUUGACCUCCGUAAAUUGUUGGAAUUUGAUAGAUCACUGCCUGGAAAUGCAUCAGAGAGGAGAAUGGUAUUUUACGGAAUGGAAUUAUUACAUUUGACGAACCAGACUCACGAUGCUUAUGCGUCGGAAUGGACAAACCAUCCUCAAGAAAUCCUUGUGUAUGGGGUAAUACCGGCUUCCACCAUUGUUAACACCAUUUCCUUUGGGUCAUUGGGUGUUCCCGUUGCCUUCGCACCAGAGUCUGGUCCAGUGCCGGAGUCGCCAUUGCCCCCUUGGUACUUCCGAGGUUUUACCAACAAGGAUGUGGUCAUCUGGAAAUAUAGUCGCACUGCCAAAUGGUAUAGCGGAUUCGAAGGCGCGCGCGCAUCGCUGCUGCGAAACUUCAAGUGUUGGGCAGAGACAAAGCAUGAUGGAGAUGCUUCGGGGUUGAUGGACGAAAUUGCCUCCACUGCCUUUCGUUUCGCUGAAUUCCUCGUUCUACGGAAAGGGCAAUUCCGAGAGGCGAUAGAAAGCGCACGGAAGGAGGCCCGUGGCUGGGAAAUGGAUGCAGAAGAUGACCUUGUUGAGCGAUUACGGCGAACAAAACUCAGAGAUCGGGCCCCGUCUGUUGAUGGUUUGUCUGCAUCGAGCGAAGUGGGUGACAGUGACGAGUUUCCCCGCGAGCAGAUUUUGAAGAAUGUUAGAGAAUUAUGGGAGAGAGUAAUGGGGAUGACAUGGAUUAUUGCAAUUUGGGGAUUAGAGGAUCUAGAUGAUACCCAUUGGGACAUUCUCCAAGCGCAAAUAAUGCAUCACGCUCGGGAUUACGCUCUUGAAAAGGAUUCUCUUGAAUUGGAGGUGAAGAGAUGCGAAGUGACGUAUAAUCACCACAGCUCUCAGCAGAAGACAUUGUGGUUGACGACCUCUUCUCUGCGGCCAAAAAUUGUGGUCUGGUGA